AAGCCAACUUUACCUAGUAGUCAACCUACAAUGGCUGUAUUAACAAUGCUAUUGACACGUACGGCUUCAUGUAAACGCAUUCCUCGUGUUGAUAUAUUACAAUGGUAUCUCGUAUAUCAAUAUUUAUGUACCAGUCCCGGCUCCUUGCAGCGUCGCAGCCAAACACCCCAACGCGUCCCAGCACCGAAUACGAGGUUUUUCCACUCGGAGAUGAAUCCUCAUUUGGGAAAGACUAAGGAAUCGAAAUAAACCAGAAAGUCAAUCGCAUAUAAAACGACGUACGGCGCAGAUGCUUGAUAGGAAAGCUUUUUAGCAGUUGGUUUGCGGAGGACCAGGAACACUGUUCAGUUUAUCACGAUGAGGCUUACCGAGAUUCUCCUAGCUGUAGCUAGUCUGACCGCGACGACGACUGCCCACAUCCUAAAUCCCAUACGCGGCAGACAGGCUUCGGUUCUGGAGGUUACCCUGACUCCUUCGCCGACGGGUGAGGCUGCUGAGUUAAUUGCCACUAUUAAAAACGUCGGCUCCGAGGACCUUAAUCUGCUACGAGUUGGUACUCUUCUCGACGAAGUAUUGCCAGUCCAAAAAGUCUCCGUCGUAGAUGAAUCAGGCGUAGAGGCUCCUUUCAGGGGAAUCCACGCGAGUAUCCGGCACGAUGCUCUUGCAGCCAAGAACUUCCGCCUACUAAAGGCGUCGGAGUCUUUCGACACGGUUGUCAAAGCUGCUACUGUACACAAGUUCGAAAAAUCUGGAACAUAUACGUUCAGGGCCACGGGAUUGAUCCCGGUAGCAGCAGCUGGGUCUACUGAGCUGUCCGGCCCGGCGAUAUUGAUCCAUUCUAACAGCAUAAGUCUCCACGUCGAUGCUCAAAGUGCCGCGGCCGUCCCUAAACUUCCGAGUUUGAAUCCCCUCGAAGCACGCACGAAUGUAGCAGACGGCUGCAACGCCACGCAGCUAGCCGCCAGCACCGCAGCCCUCGCCAACUGCAAAACCUUAGCUCUAGCAGCCGCGGCUGAUGCUGCAGACUCGUCAUCCUCUCGAUUUGUCGAGUAUUUCAAGACCAACUCAUCGACGACGCGGCAGACCGUCGUCGACAGGCUAACGGCGGCAGCAAAAGAGUGUUCGACGACCGAUUCAGGACCGUCGCGAUAUUUCUGCUACGACUACUACAAACUAUGCGAGACUGAGGGACCUCUGAACGCAUAUACUAAAUGGGAUUUUGAUUUCGUCGUCUUGUGCCCGCUGUUCUACGAUACGCUUCCUGCGCUGCCCCAAGGCUGCCAUCGCCAGUGCCAGGCCACGACCACGAUACACGAGAUGACGCACUGCGAAGACGUAUAUAGCCCGCACACGAACGACUUCGUAUACGGGUAUAACGAGAGCGUGGCGUUAUCACCUGAACUGGCGCUGCUUAACGCAGACAGUUACUCGCUUUAUGCUAAUGCUGUAUAUAUGAAGUGUUAGAUCAAAUGUUAUUUUGUCAUUUUACAACUUUGGUGAGGUAAAAUUAUAAGUGGCAUUAAAUUAGUUUGGUUUAAAAGACCCUGCGACAACUUGACGGUUCCGCUGACAGUGGCUAUGUUAUCAUUAUCCAAGGUAUUUCCAGAUGGGUUUGACGAUUUCCUCACUUAGAGGACGUAAGAUUAAACAUAGGUAAGGCCAAGAGAGUUAGAGUCAUCGAACACAACUCCUGACCGACGGCGAUGCCAAACCGGGGGGAGAUGUACUCCAUGUCGCCGAUUCCGCCCAUAGUCGGCCAUGCCCUGAUUAUGCACUGAUCAUAAGCAUGCUGUUUAUGCUGACGUAGACGAAAUGUGACGUCUGAUGUAGUCGUUAGACUGGUCAAAAUCUACUGCUCGAUGAUAUCGCUAAUCGCGGUCCGGUUGGUGAAUGGUGAAUCUAAUACGCUUGCUAUUUCUGCUGUUACGAAUAUCCUUGCUAAAUAUUGACUUUGUCUUUUAUCCUACUCGCCUCCGAGAGUCCAAAGCAUAACUAGCGACCGAGACAAGGACAUGGGAAUACGGAUUAUCCCC